GAGCCAAAGCGGCGUGGGCCAGGCUGAUGAGGGCUAGCGGGCUACCAGCUCGGGCCCCGGCGCCGCUGGACGCACGCGGGGCUCCGGCUAUAUGAAGCCACCUCGGCUCGGGCCUUCUCCUCCCAGCAUCCGUAUCCCUCCAUCAGUCCCUCGGGCCAUCCCUAGCUUCAUCCCAAUUCUUGUUCGUGCAGCUGCUCGUGGCAGCCUGAGACCAGGCGCGAGGAUGCUGGCGGUGUUCAGCGGCGAGGUGGUGGAGGUGCCGGCGGAGCUGGUGGCGGCGGGGAGCCGGACGCCGUCGCCCAAGACGAAGGCGUCCGAGCUCGUCGCGCGCUUCCUGGGGACCAGCUGCCCCGCCGCCGUGUCCGUGCGCCUCGCCGACCUCGGCCACCUCGCCUACUCCCACGCCAACCAGGCCCUCCUCCGCCCAAGGUACUGUACUACUACAUACGCUGCCUACUCCGCUGCGGUCCGCAGACGCGAGCCAGCGCCAUGGAUGGACGCAGUGCUGUGCUCCCCGCUCCACGCAAGCGCCAUGGAUGGACUCAGCGCCAUGGAUGGACAGGCAUGGUCGUUCGCGGCGAAGGACGAGGUGUUCUGCCUGUUCGAGGGGGUGCUGGACAACCUGGGGCGGCUGAGCCAGCAGUACGGGCUGUCCAAGGGCGCCAACGAGGUGCUCCUGGUCAUCGAGGCCUACAAGGCGCUGCGGGACCGGGCGCCGUACCCGGCCAGCCUCAUGCUCGCGCAGCUCGCCGGCGCCUACGCCUUCGUGCUCUUCGACGCGUCCACCAACUCGCUCCUCGUCGCGUCGGGCGGCGACGUGCCCCUCUUCUGGGGCGUCACCGCCGACGGCUGCGUCGCCUUCUCCGACGACAUCGACGUGCUCAAAGGCUCCUGCGGCAAGUCCCUCGCGCCUUUCCCGCAAGGUUGCUUCUACUCUAAUGCCCUUGGAGGAUUGAAGUGCUACGAGAAUCCCAAGAACAAAGUGACUGCCGUUCCUGCAAACGAGGAGGAAAUCUGCGGCGCAACCUUCCAGGUGGAAGGGGCUACGGUGCUCACAGCGCUGCAUUAGGAGAUGAGGUGUCUUCCUCCGUCUCCAGGCCUGGACUGGGGGCAACUGUACAUGGUGCCUGGUGGUGUAAUGUAACAUAACGGCAAUGGCAUAUGCAGCUGAUCCUGGUCUGCCUGUAUCAUCUCCUCCCACCCGUAAAGAGAAGUUCUUUCUGCCGCCAUCGCCAUGGUCAGUCAGAGCUUCUCUGCUAUAGCUGCUGGAUGUGUUGUGUGUUGCGUCUGUAUCGUCUCUAGUUUGUUCGACUUACGUGGAAACCUGAGAUCAGACCGGGUAUCGAGCGGCUGCUUGCAUGGAUGGAAUGCUGUAAUCAUCUGUAGUGACAACUCCAUUUUCCUUGUCAGACUGUGGCGCAUGGUCC